AUGUUAAGGACGACAGCAGCGAGGACUGCAUCCCGCAGUGCGAUCACUGUGCAAAGACGGUCUCUGGCCACACAAAGCCCUGCGUUGCGAGCUGCUAUGGGAGUAGCUACAAACGAGGACAGUAGCGCCACAUCUUCACCCCGGUCCUUUUACAAUGUCUUCUCACGCACUCCGUUUGGUAGAAUGGGUGCAGAGACAAAGGGCAUCCUCACUCGGGCCAAGGUUUUGGGCGUGCACCGUAAUACGGCUAAGCUGGAUCUGGGCAGCAAAUUCCCAGC